GUCCAAAAUCUUGGGAUGAUAAACCGUGGGCUGUCACAAAGAUCCCCGAUGAUCGAAUGGAUCAACAUGUGCCAGCGUAAGCCCAUCCAUCUAUACAGAAAAACACAGCACGAAGGCCCUCUCUAGGAUAUAAAAGGGCACCUUUUCUAAUGACCUCUGGCCAAUUUCCAGCACCAAAGCACUCAUUGAAACCUGAAUCAUCUCUUUCGCCAUUACCAUUACCCAUCCGAGUUCAUCAUGGAAUGGCCGACCGGUUUUUCUCUAGGGCUCCAAGAGGAUACUACUAGUACCACUGCUGGUACUCAUCCAGACCGCCUCCCCAUCAGUCAAUACCUCUUUCAUCAGUCAUCAGCCGCUCCAGUGUCCCAGCCAGACUCCUCCAUCUUUGCAAAUCACGCCUAUGGGGCCUUUACCUCGAUUACUGGUCCACCCCGUAGUAUUGAACCGCGUGUUGGCACAGUCAAUCCGGCGGGGGGUCCUUCAAGAGACAGAAACAUUCCACCACAAGGCGGUGUGGCGCAGACUGCCCAAGCGUCUUUUGCCUAUGAGGAAAUCCCUGCCUUGUAUGCUUCCACUCGUAUUACUGGUGGUCAGCCCCUGCGACUACCAGUAGACUGGACGGAUAGCAAUGCAGACACGAACCCAACCUGGGUUGCCCCCAAUAGCGCCAUGAGCCACCAGCCACACCCAGCUCCGGGAAGUAGAAUCCCUCGUGCCCCAUCUAAUACCCAUAGCCCACCAAUCUUUGAGUGCAAAUGGCGAGGCUGUUCCAGCUCCACACGGUUCAGCACUGAAGGGGACCUUGUCCGCCAUCUUAAAUCAAUCCAUAUCUCCCCAGAUGCGUAUUCCUGUUCAGUUUGUGGCAAAUCCUUUGGUAGGAAGGAUCACCUCCGUGACCACCAGAGACGUCGUCAUCGUUGCUUGGUCUAAGGCUCUCUGUGAAUCAUUCGUGUUUCAUAUAGGAGUUUCCUGCAAUAUUCUCCUUUCAU